AUGACACCCACAUCCGUCACUCUGCAACAGAACGUUUAUAAGGCCGAUCAUGAGCCUAUAACCGUUGAAGACGUCGACGAGAACAAUGUUUCUUCUCCAGCCUUGCGGCGUCUUAUCAACUCAGCUCCAGGCGCCUCCGUUGGUGUGGCGGCCACGUAUCGCCCUGACUGUUCUCUUUCGUCUUUAGCAUUUGCAACACUCAGCAGAGCGCUCGUCAUCCACUUUUUUGCUGCAAACGAACAGAAUAAGCAGCAGCAGAAGAAGAAGAAGGGCCAGGAACAACAACCUCCUGUUUCUCGAGGACGCAUCCUCAUACAAGACCAAAUUCUCUGUAACAUUGGCAUUAAACUCUAUGGGUACAGGAUAGACAGAAUUGCACUUGCACUCUUCCUAGACCUCUCGCUUCGUAUCAAUGGCGCAGUCGACGUCCUGUCAGUGUCUACCAGCGAUCGGCGCUCACUCCAGGCAAUCAUGAAUGCCUUGGGCGGCGAGGUCUCACUCCAGAAGGACAACGUGAAAACCCUGUUCGCUCAUAGAGAAGGGGACACAGCACCCAAGGAUGUGGCGCUCCAGGCUUGGGCAGCAUGUCGCGCCGCCACACUUGAUGACAUGACGCUUAGAUUUGCUGCUAUAUCUCGAAUUGACACAGACACGAUGCCAGAUAUACAUUUGAAAGCCCUCGCCAAGAUCUCUCACGAUGCUGAAAUUUUGGAGUCUUUGAAGCCAACGAAAGUCGCCAACAAUAUCAAAUCAGUCAGAGAAGAUGUAGUGCUGAAGGCUCUUCAGGGCACCAUCACGUUGACCGAACAUCCAUUCUUCUGUAGUAUCUGGGCGCCGUCAUUAAACAUCCCAUGGCCACCUGUGUAUGCUCCCACGGCUUCGCUCGUCCACUAUCCUGACGGUCAAUUGAACUCCUCGCAGUAUGAAGCAGUGGAACGAAUUAUUUCGCAAGCCGACAGGGACCGUGUAUUGCUUAUUCAAGGUCCUCCUGGCACUGGUAAAACAACAGUCAUAGCGGCCAGUGUCAACAGUAUGAUCACCACUGGCCCUAUAGAGAGUACGAUUUGGCUUGUGGCGCAAUCCAAUGUUGCCAUCAAGAAUAUCGCGGAAAAGCUUGACAAGGUUGGCUUCCGUGAUUUUAAGUUGCUUGUAUCCAAAGAUUUCCAUCACGACUGGCAUGAACACCUCUACGAGAGACUGGAACAUUGUUUUAUACGAUCCGACAUGUUCGGUGGCGGGGCUGUGACCAUCAGCCGACUUUUGCUCGACACAAGAGUAAUACUUUGUACAUUGAGUAUGCUGUUCAAUCCUCGUAUCGAAGAAUUUACUCCAAGUCAAAUCGAACGUUUCCAGCACAGCCUCCAAAAAAUGGUGUUCAUCGGUGACGACAAGCAACUGGCGCCAUUCGGCCAAGAUGACAUUGGGGAGCUACGAAGUGUUUUUGAGUUCCCACACCUUCAAAAGCGGGCACACUUUUUGAAUACCCAGUGUAAGCUCACCGCAUGCCACUCGUCAUUGGGGACCUUCAUUUCCCGUCAUGUAUACGAUCAGAAGUUGAUGACCGUCCACGACAUCGCUAGCAAAGCAGCAUGUCGUUUCCUAGACAUCAAAAGGGGGCAGGAGAUGAAAUCGGGAAAGAGCUUGAUAAAUCAACAAGAGAUGUCUGUGGUUAUCCACCUCGCCCGUAUAUACAACAAGCAGGGCAAGCAGUACAGGAUCCUCACUCCAUAUGAUGGUCAGAGGUCUUCGAUCGAACGUCAACUUGAAUUAGCGAAUCUUCCGUGGGCAGACAAGUGCUUCGACGUGAACUUCUUCCAAGGAAACGAGGAAGACCACAUAAUCGUCUCUCUAGUCCGUACCCAAGGUGUAGGGUUCUUGAAGAACUCGCGCAGGACGAAUGUCAUGCUGACACGAUGCAAGAAAAGCAUGAUCAUUUGCACGAACCGUGACUUCGUGACGAAGGGUAAAGUAGCAAGCACGCUGGUCGGGCAGCUUGCUCUUACCAUGGGCUCUGAUUCCUGGUUGGACAGUCGUGAUAUAGUCAAUGGCAUUUUAAGGUGAUUUGGAUUAUUUACCUCGCACUUGUUGGUUGAGUUUUGAAACUUUCUUGUCGCAUCUUGCACUGCAUUUUGUAUUAUAUGGCAAUUUGCGUAUGUACAU